GUCGAUUUUUCCUCGAUUGAAUGUUGCACAUUCUGGAACUUUUGAAGGUACAACUAACAACGAAGAAAAAUAAGAAAGGUAUCGCUUUGGCGGAUUUUUACCAUGCUUUGGCUUGGAUUGGCUUUACCAUGCGGAUUUCCGGCAUCUUUAGUGAAAUAGAGGUAGUGCAAAACAAUUGUACCAUUACUCUCGUUCAACCGAAGAUAGUCUUGUGUGUAUCAGUAGUAUAUGAACAUUUGCGGAAUCUUCUUGCGCCGAUCAUUUUUUAGUUGAGAGAGAAGAUACGGCGUACUACAAGGAAGUGCCAAGAGAAAAGCGACAUCCACCUCGAAAUCAAAGAACAAAAUCGGGCACCUGGUAAAAGGAACCGUCCUGGUUUUGUAACAGCUCGAUGUCGUUCUGCAGAAGGGUCCUGAAAAGGGGCCAUGUUUCGGACCUGCAUACUUCCAAGAAAAACCAAGUGAAGCAUUUCGGCAUCUGAGGGAAGUCCUCGAUGAGGUGAGCUGAGGUGGUGGCUAUGUCGGUCCUUUGGUAUAGUCGGGGGAGCUACUUUCUAGCAGCCUUGUUUUUUAUUUUGUUGAGUCGUCAAUUGGUGCAAGCUUCUGGAUCCUCUGGUGUGGCAUCAUUCCAAGAAACAGGUUAAUAUCCAUGGCUGUUUUCCUUUCUUGCUUGCGCGGCCUGUGUCCAACCCUAAAGGUUUAGAUUGAGUCGAACGCAGCUGCGUGGAUCUUGAAGAUUCAAAAGCAUGGCAUGCGCAACAAGAAGUUGUUUCCUUUCGCAAGUUGGGACGCAGAAAUCAAAGCUAAGCAUCAAAGGACUCCGAGGAUCAUCCGCAUGUGUAAUUUCUCUCGGAGUCAUCUUGCCCUUUUCUGGAAACGGUUGGGCGAUCAACUCAAAGCUCCAUGGAAGCUUUACAACCUGGAAACUGAUCCCAUUGUGAAAAGCCGGUCGCUGGAGGGAAGGUCACAUGAGGUUCUUUGCAAUUAUGACAAAACCUCAUUCCAAAGGAGAACAAGCAUUUCUUUAACAUUGGGGAUGAGGACAUUUGAAGACUGGGAGCAGGCUGUACCGAAGUCACUAUGAGCACGUAACGUUCAGCGAAGAGCUUUUGUUCGAAUAUGGAAAAUUGGUGUGCCCUUCCAAACCUUCACUGGAUUGGCAUCAGGUAUCUAAACAGAAGGAGUUCCCCUUUUGCAAAGGUCUUGGACACAUGGGGUCCUUCGGGUGCAUUAUAGUCCAAAUUUUCGAGGACCCCGACACCAGAUCAAAGCGACCGACCUUUCAGAACCAGCAUGUGAAUUUAGCAAGAGGACAUGCCACCAAUCUUCAGCGCCAAGUUUUCCACCUGCUUUUAAGCUAAUACGCAUAAUCAAAUGAACGGGAAAGAUAAGUAUCACACUACCUAACUCUCAUGCCUCCAAAAGAUCGACAGCAGCCUCUCUAUGCACCGCACCUAAGAGCCCAGUCAUCCUCUCCCUCUUUACAGAUAGGUGAUGUCACAUCGACAUCACAGUAAAAUUUCGACUUGCACAUGAUAACAUACUACAACGAUUUUUGUCCAAGAACCAAUGACUAGGACCCCAUUACAUGCAGACUUUCGGUGCCUGGUGUUAAAUUUGGUUGUCCAUAGCUAAGGCGAUGGCUGCUGCUGCUGCUGCUUUUGCUUCCGCUUCAUAUGGUCUACAACUCCUAGCAUGUUGUUAGGGUUGAAGUGUUCCUUCCAUGACCUGUGCUUUGAUCGGGUCAUUAUAUUUGUUUUAAACGAAGGAGUCUAUCAGACUUUGAAGAUGGACAUUGAGACCUGGACAUCACAAGGGCCCACAGUUUCUUCCCUGGGCGGUGGUGAUGCACAAUGAACUUUGUGUAACGAUUGAGCAAAAAGGAGGUUUCCUCGAAGAAAACUAUGAUACAGUACAUGGAGUCCUCAAGGUCCUCAUGGGGCCUGGCUUCGUAUGGGCCUACAUUUGAUUUGGGUUCUGUGUGAGCCUGAAACAAGAUUUUCUGCCAGCUGCAGCGACACGAAGCAACACCAGGGCAGAGAACAUCUCCAGCAUGCUUUCAUCAAUGAAACAAUUUAUGGUGAACUUUGGCAGAACUCGGUCAGCGACAAGCGAACGGGAGCUAAAGUAGAAGUCUUACACACGUUCUGCUUGUGGGUCAGUGACCACGAGGACCCACUCACCACAGUACCCCACAAUUUGUCAACACCUUUUCCUCCACUACACACUUCAUCAGGUUAAUAGAGAAUACGGAAAGUCACGAGAAGAUUCUUGGCAACCAGUCUUCCACCGCCAGAGGUGUGCACAAUUCAGUUGUUUUACAUGCAAAACAUCAGAUCGUCACAGAAACUGGGAUAGGGAUCCACUCCGAAUGCAAGGUGCGUAGAUGACCUGAGUGUUGAGAUCAGGCCGGUGUGAUUUGGUCUGCUUCUUAUGAGCAGGUCCAGCGAACAACAUAUCUUUCCACUUUAUGUUUCAGACCUCUCAGGGCCUACUUGAACAAGGUGCCAACCACACUGGUCAUGAUGAGGUCAAGGCACGUAAACUACGGUCAUCGUAUAUACAGGCCUCUGGAGCUGGUCAUCUCGGAACUCCUGAAGUUGAAGUAGGGUCUUGCUCUUGCAGUCAUUGGAGUGGGAAACGGUCAAAAAGCAAAUGAUGAAGUCUACUCUGUGCAAUGAUUUUGAAGAGCACCAUGGAGGGUUCGUUGGUUGGGUUGUAUUGCAUUGGCUUCACUCAGAGGAGGGAUGGUCAACAGAACCACGUAAAGAUGAAUCCGCUGUAGGAGGGGUGCCUAGUAAAUAACAAUAUCCAUAAUACCCUUCUCUGAAUCUGUCUGAUGUUUUUGCUUCCGGUUGGAUUCAUACGGUCUGCAUAUCUUUCCUCCAGGCUGUCCAGUGAAAUGUCAUCCUUCAUCGUCCUGCCCAUGACCAAUAGUUAUGAAACACGUCAUACCCAACUACUUCCGAUCCCCGAUCUCGGUACCUUUUCCUCCUAAAAUCAUGCACAAUGUAGCCUCAGGGAUUUCACUCUCUUCCUCAGUCACUUCAAAGUGGUAACGUCUUCAACCCUUUUGGAAACAUUUUUCGUUUGUAUGUGUUAGUCCUCGUACGAAUGUUCCUCGGCACUCAAAAGUUUGAGUACUCUGAUUGUCAGGGUACACCUCUUCACGUGUUUAUGUCUACCUCAUUUUCAGCAUCUUAACGCAUGGAAGUGACAUCCACUAGGAGAAGGAAAUCCUAUUACGCUAUACGCCUAACAAAUAUCUCCUUUAGAAUAGCCGACUUUCAAAGUCAGUAUCUGAGUGCCCUGUUGUUCAUUAUAGCAAG